AAACAGAGAGAGAGGGAAAAUAGUCUAAAAGCAGGGAAACAGUUACUCCAAGUUACUCGACUAACUUGAUUCAUCUCCAACUGUUGAUCUGGUAGUUUUACUACGAAAUUUUGACACAUGAACAAAGCGAAUGCAAAAUGUUAACUUAAGUGCUGCGACUUCACUUAACAACAAACUACGAAUCGAAAAUUUAUAACAACGUAAAGAGACAGAACUCGGGCUAAUUUUUUUUCUUCAUGACAAUCCAACGUAUAAUAUAAUGGACAAGGAAAGAUUCACAAUGCUCCUCCUUGAACCAGGAGAGAUAUUUUUCGAAGAUUACAGCGUAGCGGCAAAAUCCAUCGUAAAUUCUCCUGCGAGCGAGACCUACGAUGAGUGGAUAGAUGGAAGGCUGAAACUGUGCUCUAAAUCUCUUGUAUUCGUAAAUAAGGAUUUGACCAAGCCGCUUAUUAAAGUCCAACUGAAAGAACUGAUUAACAUUGAGAAAUGGAGCUCUAAAGACUGGAGUCACGGCGACGACAAUAUUCUCUUUGUGAAAUGUAAGCAGUAUGUUGAGAUGCUACAGGGCAACAUCCUCGCACCAUACAAGUUUAUCCACAAAGAAAAUCACUUCUUGUUUCGCUUCAAUUACGCAACGAUUGAGGAUUGCCUUCCGCAAAUAUUGCAACUAUUGCGUGCCACUACAUUGCCUACGGCGGAACAGAAUGCCAUGAUCACUGCUAUUGUGCAUUCGAGACAGUCGAGAGUAUCGUUCGAUACGUCAUGGCUUGAAGAUCUCUACGAGCAAGCCGUCCUUGAAUUACAAGCUGAUAAAAUAUCACCGCUUGUCGUCAAUCCGGGAAGAGUUUUGUUGACCUCAUCUAGAAUUUACUUUCAACCUUACAACAACAUGGAUCAGCAUCCAGUUCUGAAAAUUCAGCUCAAAGAUAUCAGCCAGAUAAUCAAGAGAAGGUUCUUGCUGCGGCAAGUGGGACUGGAAAUCGUGUGGAGAAUGAGAGGGCCAGAGACAAAAAAAGAACACCUAUUUUUGUCCAUGAGGUCUCACAUAGACAGAGAUAAUCUGUAUCGGAGAUUGUUAGAUCAGUCGGAAGUCUCUCUGGAAACAGUCCAGCAGAACCAGAUGACAAUGCAGUGGCAAAAUGGGUGCUUGUCUAACUACGAUUACCUUAUAUACAUAAACAGUUUAGCAGACAGAACAUUUCACGAUCUGACGCAAUAUCCAGUAUUUCCCUGGAUCAUUCAAGAUUAUACUUCAAGUUUUUUAAAUCUAAACGAUCCAGCUGUUUACAGAGAUUUAACAAAGCCAAUUGGAGCGCUCGAACCAACUCGAUUAGAAAGACUGAAGGAAAGAUACCUGGAAAUGGCAGAACCAAAAUUUUUGUACGGAUCUCACUACAGUGCUCCGGGUUUUGUCCUCUUCUAUUUAGUAAGAAAAUAUCCAGAGUACAUGCUCUGUCUUCAAAAUGGUAGAUUCGAUCAUCCCGACAGAAUGUUCAACAGCGUAGCUGAUGUGUGGAAAAAUGUAUUGGUGAAUAUGUCUGACUUUAAAGAACUGGUCCCAGAGUUUUAUGAUACAGAGACUGCUGGCGAUUUUUUAGCAAACAUUUACGGAAUUGAUUUUGGUUAUCGACAUGACGGUUCUAAAGUUAAUGACGUUCAACUGCCCCCAUGGGCUAAAGAUCCAGCGGAUUUCGUCCGUCAAUUAAGAGAUGCUUUAGAGAGCCCAUACGUGUCGCAAAAUCUCCAUUCUUGGAUUGAUUUAGUAUUUGGAUAUAAACAAAGAGGUCCGCAAGCAGUGGAAGCAAAUAAUGUAUUCUUCCAUUUGUGUUAUGAGGGAGCUGUUGAUUUAGACACUAUUCAGGAUAUAAAUGACAGGCACGGUUUAGAGGUACAAAUAAUGGAAUUUGGUCAGAUACCUAAACAAGUUUUUGACUUACCACAUCCAAAAAGAAUGCUGUCUGUACCUCAUGUUGUAUGUGAAAAAGUAGUAGGCUUGCAUGACGGAAGCCGGUUCACCGAAACCAAGAUCUCUGAAAUUUUCACACUCCAACAAUCAGUCGUAUUCCAAUCUCAUAAAGACUCUGUCAGCUGUGUAAAUCUCAUGGAUGGUGAAACAGGAGAUGAUCUUAUUUCCGUAGGACACGACGGAAUGCUCAAGUUGUACUCUAUGAAAACCAGUAAAUUAACACGCAGCGUCCCUCUCUCCUCACUGCCCUUGUCAUCUUGUAUAUCUUACAAAGUUCCGUCACAAUCCAACAUCCUUGUCGCUGGCUGUUGGGAUAACACGAUAAUCUUUUACGAUAUCGAAUUCGGCCGAAUAGUCGAUACUCUGCCUGGGCACGAGGAUGCUGUUUCUUGCCUAGCAUGGAGUUCGUCACGUAACAUAUUGGUGUCCGGCUCAUGGGAUUGCACGGCCAAAGUGUGGCGAAGUUGUAGCUCAGGGAAGAAAAUUAAACCUGCAGAGUGCCUGCUUGCUCAAUUAGAUCAUGAUGCAAAAAUUACAUGCAUCAACAUAUCGGGGGAUGACAAGCUGCUAGCCUGCGGAACUGAAGACGGUGAACUCUUCUUGUGGUGUUUGGAACAGUUUUCUCUGCAGUUUACCGUAAAGGGGCGCAUGGCGAGAGUGAACGCUGUGGUAUUUGAUCCAGAAUCCAAACAGUUAGUUUCGUGCACAAAAGACCAUGCAUUGAAAAUCAUGGAUGUGACGACUGGCACGGAAAUAUACUCCUCAAUUCUAGAAAAGGAGCCGACGUCUUUAUGUUGGCGUGGAACUGAACUGCUUCUGGUUGGAGAUGCUGAAGGGUAUCUCAGUAUGUGGAACCUGAGGGGUGUAUUUAUUCUUGGGAAAUUCAGCUGCCAUAAUGAAUCAAUUACUACUUUAAUGGUAUCCAGUAAUAAGAAAAAAAUUGUCACUGGCAGCCGAGACAGGAGAGUCAUUAUCUGGGAUUGUAAAUAGCGUUCGUAUUAAUAUUCACAAAAACGCUUAUACAUUUAAUACUAUAUGAUAUGCAGAAUGUGAUACCUUUGUGCGAUAAAAAUUAUUACGUAUAUUCCCGAAAUGUUAAAAUUGUAAAUAAUAGAUACUUUAGGGCUUAAAUCUGCAGAGUAGUAUAUUAUAUAUUUGAUAAAAAAAAAAAAGAGCUGUGCUGUGUAAAUCUUAAGGAUAAUAAAAUAUGAAACAAG